AUGCGAGGGAGAUGGGUCUCGGGGAAGGUCAUUGUUGCACUAUGUAUCACAAGCUUUCUUGCAGGCUCGCUAUUUAGCUCGCAGACAAGGCCAAAUCCAUCUGACUAUGUCCAUCACCUUAUCCCCAGAAAAUUGGAGAAGCUUGACGCUACACACGACAAGCGCAAACUGGUGGAACAAGUUCCGGGAGAUAUCAUGGGGGAAGUCAUCAGGACACAUGAGGCUAUCCAAUCAAUAGAGAGAAGCAUAUCGACAAUGGAGGCAGAGGUGGCUGAGCUGCGGACUGUCAAGAUGGUUAAUUAUGGAGCAGCAGAAGGGAAAAGAGCUUCUAAUGAAAGUCUUGUGGGAAAAAAAGCAUUUGUGGUCAUAGGAAUCAAUACCGGUUUUGGCAGCAGGAAACGAAGAGACUCCCUUAGAGAAACAUGGAUGCUUAAAGGAGAGCAGUUAAGGAAGGUGGAGAAGGAAAAGGGAGUGGUGAUAAGGUUUGUGAUAGGGAAGAGUAGAGGCGGAGUCGUCUUGGAUAGACAAAUAGAUGCUGAGGAUGCACAACACAGAGACUUCCUAAGGCUCGGUCACUUUGAGGCCUACAAUCAGCUUUCCACUAAGACCCGUUUGUUUUUCUCCACCGCUGUUGCUAUAUGGGAUGCAGAUUUCUACGUUAAGGUCGAUGACGAUAUUCAUGUUAAUCUGGGUGCGCUAGUGAGUAUGUUAGCAAAGCACAGAUCAAAACCUCGGGUUUAUAUAGGGUGCAUGAAGUCUGGACCAGUCCUUUCUCGCAAAGGAGUUAAGUAUCACGAGCCAGAGUACUGGAAAUUUGGAGAAGAAGGGAACGAAUACUUCAGGCAUGCCACGGGCCAAAUCUACGCAAUCUCCAAGGACUUGGCCGCAUACAUUUCCAUCAACUCAGCAAUCUUGCACCGGUAUGCGAAUGAGGAUGUGUCGUUAGGAGCAUGGUUGAUUGGAUUGGAAGUCCAACAUGUAGACGAUAACUCUAUGUGUUGUGGCACUUUUUCUGAUUGCGAGUUUAAAUCGCGUGUGGGCGACUUUUGUGUGGCUUCGUUCGACUGGAACUGCAGCGGGGUAUGCAAAUCAGUGGAGAGGAUGACAAAAGUGCAUAGUGCCUGUGGAGAGGGUGAUGAUGCCAUUUGGAAUCUUCAUCUCUAA